UCCAGCAUGGCCGGCCCGGGCAGCACCUUCCCACUGCACCGGCUCAUCUGGGCGAAUCGGCACCACGAACUGGAGGUGGCGCUGCACAGCUGCCAGCACAAGGCUGAGCAGAAAGACCCCCUGGGGUGCACACGCCUGGAGCUGGCCGUGUCCCUGGGGAACCUGGAACCCAUCAGGAUCCUGCUUUGGCACAAUGCCAACAUGGGCAAGGAGAGCUGGCAGGGCUGGGCAGUCCUGCAGGAGGCCUUCAGCACAGGGGACCCAGAGAUGGUGCAGCUGGAGCGGGACUUUCAGAGAGCCACGCGGAGGUUUGGGAGGUUAGCUGGCAUUCUUGAAUGCCUCAAUAAACUCCACCAGGAUCCUGAUUUCUGUGUGGAGAUGAAGUGGGAAUUCACCAGCUGGGUGCUUCCGGUGCCCAGGAUUUGCCCGAGUGCCGUGUGCCGUGUGUGGAAGCAGGGCAGGGCCUGUGAGUGGACACCGCUCUGCAUCUCAUGGCUGAGGUGUUCACGCCAUGCCCCCCACCUUGUCCUGGUCUGUUUCAAAAACAAGUGCUGUAUCUGGGGGUGACGGUCAAAGAUGGAGAGUGUCAGCGGCUAUGAGACUAAGACAGGCAGGAGAGGGGGCGGGGAGAGGGUGGAGGUACAUGAGGGUUGGCAAGGUGCAGGUGCUUGGCUCCGUCCCUCCGCAUCAUGCCGGAAUGGAGAGGGGGAGCCGGGGCAGCCCUUGGCCUCUGUCUACAGUGCUACCAACGUGAAGCUGGUGACACGCACGUGCACAGAGCACCUGUCGGAUCAGGACAAGUUGAGAAGCAAAGGUAAGCGCACUCCACUUCAGCCCUUCCUGCAGAUGGCUCAGCAACACUCCUCACGCCCUGGGGUGAGCCAGGCGGCGCCAGGGCUGGCAGGGUGCCGGAUGGCCGCCAGCCCAACCAAGCCCACAGGCAUUUCCCCCAAGGACUACUUGGACCCCAGCUUCAGCCCGCAGUCCCAGAACAUUGGCUACCCCACUGAGAUGUCCAGCAGAGGGCAGAGGUUCUGGGCGAUGCUAUGGCUGAGCGAGGAGCACUCACUAUCCCUGGGUGGCCAGGUCACACCCCUCGUUGACCUCAUGCCGGGCUUUCACGUCAAGAUUGCCCACCCACAGCAGGUGCAGGUACUGCAGGGAGGCCAAGCGGGGCCGUGCAGCUGUGGCCCCCUCCUGUGCGCCCUGAAGCGGAGUGGGAGUGUCCCCACUUCCCAUGCUGUCCACGCAGGGAGUCCUUUCCCGUGUGAGGUGGACCCCGCCGUGCCUGAGGUACCUGUGGGGUACAGCGUGCUGGGCACGGAUCGGAGUGAGCCCCUGUGUGACGAGGACAGCGAGCUGCUGCACAGAGGCCACUACCAAGGCUGGCCUGAGGGCCAGACCCUCCUGUCUCUUCUGGCCCUCCAUCCUCCACCAACACGUGCCCAUCACCCCUCGGCUUCCUUUGCCCACCCACCCAGCCACCACCUUAUCCUUGUGCCCUACCUGUCACCUCGGCUUGAUAGGACACUCCAGGAAAGCCUGCAGCUGUCCACCGGGCCCAGGGAACCUGCAUUCCCCCCAGAAGACACCCCGACCCUGGCCCUGGCCCCUCCGACCUUUGAGGAGCAGCUUUGCCUGGCCCUGGAGCUGUCCGUUCAGGAGCAGGAGGACCUGCCCGUUCAGGAGCAGGAGGACCUGCUGGGGGGCAGCAGCUGUGGCUCACCAAGCACUGAGCUCAGGCCCGGAUCCCUAGAGAUGCGUUGGGGCGCCUGUUCCUGCCUGAUAUUUCAGACUGUUUAUUUGUAA